CAUAAAUUCGAAAUCCUUCUCUUCUCUCUCUCUCUCUCUCUCUCUCUCUCUCUACUCUUAUUUGUGAGAAUGGCGAAGUCUGAGAAUCGAGAAGCUGGCUUCAACAAGAGGCGCGUGAGUUUGUUCAAGAAGGCAAAAGAACUUGCAGUUCUUUGCGAUGCUCAAAUCGCCAUUAUCAUUAUUUCCUCUCAUGGCAAAGUCCAUGAAUUUGCUACUAAUUCUAGCAUGCAGGAAAUUCUAACAAGAUACAAAAUGUGCAAUCAGCUUAAAAAUCGUAAUGCAUUGCAGUUGAAUCAAGAGAACCCCGAGGAAGAGGUGCCGAAGGAGGCUGGUGUCUCCGGACAGCAGAAGGCAGACGAACUCAAAUCAAGGCAGAAAUUGUUUGGUAAAGACUUAACAGGGAUGAGCUCACAUGAAUUAAAUGGGCUUGUAAAGAAAUUAAAAGAAGGGAUGUUGUUCAUUAAGGAUACGAAGAUGCAACUGUUGAAGAAUGAAUUAGAAAAAUCAAGAAAGCAGGAACAGCUAGUGGUGCAGAAAAACCAGAUGCUGCAGAGACAGGUUAAAGAGCUUCAAAACUUUUAUCCAAGAGCUUAUUAUCCGAUGCCAAUUUCAAUUCACUGCCCUGCAACGGAGCACGAUAGAGGACUUCUUCCACAUACCAAUCGUUCUGCACAGCUUGCUAUCACCGGUAGCUCUGAACCAGAGCACCAUGCAUCAAAUGAAAUAUCUCCCCCAUCAGCUAGUUCUGCAGAGCCUAAAAUCAGUGAUUGCGGAUCUCCAACGCAACGCAAUCCCCAGAAGCCUGCUGAUAAAGACAGUUCCAAGAACCAUUCUGGGAGCAAGAGCAACACUAGUUAGUGUUGCUAACAAUGGCAUUAAGCUAUUAGGCUUUAAUAGCACACACAAGUUUUCGUCUUUUUGGUGUUUACUAGAAAUACAAGUUAUAUAUACAAGUAAUGAUCAUCAAUUUUUUUGAAAAAGUAGCUGAAACAUAUCCUAUAUAUGACAUGAUCUUUGUUGUAACAAAAUCUAUAAACAAUGGGAUGUGUAAGAUUUUAAAGGAUUAGAUAGGGUAGUAUUUAUUAUAUUCAAUAAAGUGUAUCUAUAUUAAUUGUGUGAAUAAGACUAACUAUCGAACAACAACUUAAAAAUAAUAGGAGUACUAAAAAGAAAAUAAAACUUUCCUCUUAUUAAUAAAUCAACUUAAUAAUUAAAUCCAAUGUUAUACUAUUAUAUGUACAUCAAUAUCUAAAUCCAAAAGGCUAACUUUGAAAUCUCCUAGGAACUCUCGGCGUGGGGACGAGGACCGGAUUUUAUCAAGUCGAUCUGGUCCGGUCGAAGAGGCGGUUCUUGGGAUCCUCGGCAUAGCAGACGUAGUAACAGCUGACGCAGGCAUGGGGCAAUGCCAUGGCAGAGACAACGAUUGCGCAGAUUGCUCCUUGCUCCGAGCAUCCAGUAAGUAGGUUGGUUGGUUUAUAUCAGAGAAUUUUGAGACGGGGUCGAGGGAUUUAACCAAGAUUUUGGUUAAAAAUGAAUAAAAUAAAAUAUCCCAAAACACAAAUUUGGCAAGUAAAGCUGAAAGUUGAAACUAAAAGACAUCUGUAAACUGUAAACAUUAUAGUACUAGCUAGUAUUCUAAUGUCAUGCCUUUAA